AUGGAUCGUGUGGCAAAGUUGGCAUCACAGAAGGCGGUGGUGAUCUUCAGCAAGAGUUCGUGCGGGAUGUGCCAUGCAAUAAAGCGACUUUUCUACGAGCUUGGGGUGGCUCCGGCAAUAUACGAGGUGGACGAGGUUUCAAGAGGGAAGGAAAUAGAAUGGUGUCUGAUGAAACUAGGAUGCAACCCUUCUGUGCCUGCAGUCUUCAUUGGAGGCAACUUUGUCGGUGCUGCUAACACUGUCAUGACCCUUCAUCUCAAUGGCUCACUGAAGAAAAUGCUCAGAGAUGCUGGAGCAUUGUGGCUCUAGAAAAACUAACUCCACAUCAUCAUAUCAUCUCAUCAUCUCAUGUCAUAUCAUGCAUGCAUGCAUAUGCAUGCAUGCAAACAAAACAGCAACAGCAAAAAGCAUGCGUUUUCAGAACCUGAUUUAGAUGCAUGUAUUAUAAUAUAGCUUUUUGGGGUGGCAAAGAUAUUUGCAUGUAUGUCCUUCUUUUGUUAUCUUUGAGGAAAAGAUAAAGGUAUUAAGUACUAAAGAUUGUGCUUAAA